AGACUGCCGUGUAGUUAGAGAUCCUCAAACUCUCAAGUCCAAAGGCUAUGGUUUUGUGUCUUUCGUAAAAAAAGCGGAUGCCGAGAAUGCGAUAGGAACGAUGAAUGGUCAAUGGUUGGGUAGUCGAGCGAUUCGCACUAAUUGGGCAACAAGAAAGCCCCCUGCCAAUCGUUCUCAGAACGACACCAAUGCCAAGCCCCUCACAUUUGAUGAAGUUUACAAUCAGUCCAGCCCAACCAACUGCACAGUCUACUGCGGCGGGAUCACUCAAGGUUUGUCAGAGGAACUGAUGCAGAAGACAUUUACUCCAUUCGGUCCCAUUCAAGAAAUCAGGGUUUUCAAAGAUAAAGGCUAUGCUUUUGUUAGAUUUGCAACCAAAGAGGCAGCCACACACGCCAUCGUAGCUACUCACAAUACAGAAGUGAAUGGUCAGACGGUGAAAUGUUCGUGGGGAAAGGAGGCUGGUGAUCCCAACAACCAACAGCAGCAACAGGUGGGCUUAAGUCUCAAGCAAGAAAUUCUGGCUGUAGAAGCAGCUGAAAACAAAGGUUUCCUGGCUAUGCUAUCUCAGAACCUAGCUGCGCAGUAUACCUUUCCGUACCAACAGAUGAGCUACUGGUACCCUCAAGGAUUUCCUCAAGUCCAAGGACAGUUCAUUCAGGGAAUGCAGUAUCCUUAUGGACAGUACUAUGGACAAGGAUUCGGAAUGGCGGGAAUGCAGAUGGCUUGGCAAGGCAUUCCUGGUCAGCCUCAGAUUGCUGCAGCUGCAGCUGCUGCUGCUGCCGCCCAGAGCCCCUUGGCGCAAGGAUUGCAACAACCAGGAAUGAUCGGUGCCUAUCCAAUGCAGCAGUAUCAGGCUCAGUAGUAUCCCAGCAUCAACUGUAUGUAAGGUGCGUCUGUAUGUGUGGCGGCAAAACUCCCUUCUAGUCACCCGUAUCCCCCCUUGUUCAAGUUAAGCCAAGCGCCCUCCACCGCACAACCGGGACGAAAACCUUUUCAGACAAAGGACAGAAAGAACUGCUUCGAGUUCCGCAAACUACUGUUUUGUUAUCGUCUUUGAAAGUAAAGUUUGAAGAAGAAAAAUAUAUGCUGUAAGCCUGCAGAAUAGUUUAGAAAAGGGAAUGUUACUUCAGAGUUAGCGGAAUAUAGAAUGAUUAUUUUUUGAGAAGGCAAUAGCCGUAGUUGGUCUUAGGAACGUUUUCCGCAUUGAAGUACACAGAAUAUAUGAAGCUCACAGAUAACUAUUUAUUGAGAAAUAUGCAUGUUCAAAUUUUUAAUACGUUUUAAGCCUAAAUACUUCUUGAAGAAAAGAUAUUUUCUGAUUGUUGCUCCACUGAAGAUGUGAUACAUUUUUAAUUUCAGAGAAGAGAUUUUUAGAAUAUUUCCGAAAAUGUGUUCAAAAAGCAAAUGCCAGUUUUGAUGUCAUCAGUAGGUUAUUAAUAGAAAGUAAACUUUACAUAAAAAUAUGAAUGUGUUUUCUAAGAUUUAAAAAAGAAUUUUUACCAUAAUAGGGAGAAGUCUAGUAGUAUGAUUGAUUACAUUAGACGAAUUCAAAAUACCCUAUACUUCCUCUAUUUAUAAGUGUGGUUUUCUUUUCUGGAAUGUUCUGCAUCCAUAAAGCAUCUAUACCAGUAUUUGAAAUCUAACAAAAGUAAUAAUUAAUUUGUGACGUUGAACUUAUAUUUUAAUAUGCAGCAAAAUUUCCCUGCGAAAAAUGCUUGUUCUACUGAAAUUUGCAUGUUCUUGUAACAUUACAAAUCCUAACCCAUGAGAGACGGUUUGGUGAAGAGUUGUUAGAGGAAAAGUGCUGAUGGAAGUUCUAAGCUCUCUCCUACAAGGAAGUUGUCAUUUAAUCUUGAAAAGCUAGAAGCUUGUCCAGAGGCAAAAGAACUCUUCGUCAAAGUCUCUACGAUGCUAUGUGUCAAAAUAUAUCGUGGAACAAUGGCAAAAAUUAACUGUGGCUGUCGAACUUUUAUUACAAUUUGAAACGAGAAGGUUCCCGGUGGGGGGACUUGGGUGACUUUAUAAUUCGGCAUUGGAAUCCGAAAUACCAUAACCUAUGCUACACAGUCACCACCUGCACUAACCCUUUAAUUAUUGUGUUUGUUGGUUUUCAACGGAAGAAAAAAAAGGAAAACAUAGAUUUUAAAUGUCAUCACGUGUUCAGUGACCAAGACAAAUCAUCUAGUAUACUGUUCGUCUUAGAGUUACAAGUUAGUCAUCUCAGUUAUCUCCCCCAGGUGGCGCUGUGAGCGAAAAAGAGAUAACUAAAAUUCCCUGGAACGUAUUACAUGUUCCAAAGGUGCUGAGUUAGAAGCACUGUUUUAUUUAUUCACAUAAAAUAGGAAGAUUAGUUGUUAGUAGUUGAGUAUAAGAUAGAAUUUACAGGAUGUUUGUGAGUAUGUAUGUAUGUUUUGAAAAACGGAGGAACUUUUGGAUUACAUCGGUGUAUGUACACUUUCGGAAGUACGAUGAAGAUCUAUUUUUGUUUUCCCCUUUUUUUUUUUUUUUUUUUUUUUUUUUUUUUUUUUUGGAUAGUGAGCUGCAUUCAUAUGUACUUGCAAAGCCAGGCUUCCACCCGAUAAGUCAGUUUGCAGUUUAAUUUUUUAAGAGGUUAGAUCGAACGAGCUACACUGGGAAUCACGAAACCCGUAGAAACAUGUCGUGUCCCUUUUGUUCUCCAUUUCAAAGAGCUACCAUUUGUCACAAAACAUUAGCUGAAUGCCGUUUCAGUAGCAUUUUUUCUACGGGCUUAUAAAAAUAUAAAAUGGUAAGAACAUUUAUCGGACGGGUUGUAAAUCCUUACGUCCUGAUUCUGACGUUGAUAAUAUCCAGUGGUUAUCAAAAUGGUGCAUCGUGCUUAUUGGGGAAGCACCAAAGCUUACAGAUUAACGUCGAAACAGAUGGACACAUUAACACACUUGAUUCAUAAUUAACUUUCGAAACGCGCAACAAAACUCUUCAAGCUAUUUAAAUUAAACGUUCUUUCAAAUAUAUUGUGUAAACGCAGCGCUACACGUAUGACAGCACACUUAAUUAAAAUAUUAACAGAACAGCAGAAAAACAACCACUGAUCUUAAGAGAUUAUUCAGAUUCACAAAAUGCUUAACCUUUUUUUUAUUUUUUCUUCAAACAUCAGUGUUUAGUAGAAGCAGACGCAUCUUUGAUGAGUUUUUAGCUGCAGUUCAUAAAAUGUAAUACAGUUCGUAACACAAUCUGAUUCCGAGAGCACGUAAAUUUUGCAAGUAAAAAGUUGCCUUAGGCACACUACCUUGCAGUUAAAAAGAGUAUGAAUUUUCAAAGCAAAUUGAAACGACAAUCCUUAUUCGCUUGCUGGAAGUAUAUUAAUUAAAUCAAGCGUUUUAUUAUUUCGUAGCUAAUGAUGUAGAUCAGCAUGAAUAAUUUCUUUUACAUGAGCAUGUAAAACAAUUUACGUACUUGAAAUCGUGUGCUUUAAAUAGAAAUAAUUUCAUUCGACCGGUAAUUAGAAAAGCUUCAUGUAAUUAGAACUCGUUAGUUCCAUCGUUACAUGAGAACUCAUUGUUACUUUUCAUCAAUGGUACGCAAUCUAUAAAGCACAUCAGUUUCUAAAGCUCAUAUAGUCCUAAGUUUUAAAACUUGACUGAUAGCUAGUAAAACUUGCAGCAAUUUUUGUAACAGUUUAAUGCGAAAUGGGUCAAGAUAUUUUACUUAAAAUGAGAGUUAGGAAAUUGUGCACUGUAUUUUGCAAACCACUGGAAUUAAAGAAGCAGUAUUGUUAUGCAGGUCAUUAGCCGCUUGCUUUAAUGAAUACUAAACCAGCUCUCUUAACUUUUUACUCUCCUCUCUUAAACAAAUAAGUAUUUUUGGAAAAAUAAAAUAAGGGGUUGAAAUGGAUAAUUUUUUGUUAAAACCUGUUUAUUUUAUCAAAGCUGUGGUGGGGAUUAACCACUUCUUAAUCACCCUCCUUUUCAAGAGAGAUGAUUGAUAUUUUCAUACUGUCUUUAAAAUGUGCAUUUUGUUUGCUAACGGCAUAAAUAGAAUUUUGAGGCUGUGUGGCAUAUGAAGGACACAAAUACAUUACUUUAUUACACUGAAUGAGCUGAUACAACGUUGUAUUCACAUUGUACAAAACCAGAGCAAAAUAUCAUAUUAGCUGAUUUGAGUGUGGUACAUUGGUUAUGCCUGCACUGCGUAAUGCAGUGCAUGCCGUAGUUAGAAAUUAAACUGUUUGUACUAGCCUAAGGAGUUAUAUAUGCUAUUAAAAUGAAAAUAAAUUUGAACUUCUGUCAUAAUAAUAUUUUCUCAAAACAAAGUAAAUUAUUUUGACUAAUUACAUCGAUUUAGUGAAAUGAUAUUCCCAUUAUCAAACAUAAAUUAUCAAUAUUAUCAUUUAUCAUUAUAUUUAAUGGAUACACGCGACGUAUGUAAAUUUCCUGAAAAUGUGACAAAAUAAAUUAAUAAAUAAGUAACUGAAAUACAAAUAUUUCUUAAAUUUAGAUUGUAUCAAAAUUUUGCAUCAUCAUUAUAAAUUAUUACGUACUCUUUUAGGGUACUUCUUGUCAAGAUCAAAGCUAUUUAAACCUUUGGCUAAUACAAAUAGUUUCAUUAUAAUAACCAUUCCUUAAUUAUACUGAAUAAAUAUGAGUUUAUCUCUAUACAGCGUUGUAUGCACAAUGUACAAACCAAACCAAAUACAAACAACAGUGAGCAACGUUUGCUGCAAAGGCACUGUGUUGUACUGUGUGCGGUAGCUAGUUCUAUACUAAGGUUUCCAAGCAAAAAAUCAAUUAGAAGAGAACGCGUAAAACGCCGCUCGGCCGCGAAAUGUAACUUUAUAACCAAACGUAGUAGUUUGUAGGAGCUUUGAUAGUUUAGAUCUGAUUGUAGUCAGCCACGCGACAUGUAGGUUGUUUCGCUACGUAGCAUCCAAAGAUUUGUACACUUAGUCUAAACGAGUCUCGGUAGUAUUGUGCGUGUACUGAACGUAUGUUUGUGUAUUUGUAGUCCGUGUGCCAGACCAAACGUUCGUAGUUGGCGAGCGUUUGACAAUUUAUGUACCGUGCGAAUGUCAAGUAUAUGUCCUUGUCUCUAAGUCCAUUGUUCCUAGAUGACCUUCGUUGCAUAUGAUAAACAAUGAUGUUUCCAAACCAAACCCAUUGGGUAAAUUAUACAAAUAUAUAAGUCAAAGAAAGUCGUUAGUUUUACAAGUUGAUGUUCAAAGAGAAAAGAUAGCUUCCGAGGUUGAUCUGAAACAAUUUUGCAGUACGAAAAACUGCAUAAAAACUAAUCUUGCUGUUGACAAUUCGUUCUUUUACUUUCGGAAGUUUAUAGUCUAUGAAUAAUCCGUACGCAGCCGCGAAAAGAUGAAUUUAUCUAUCAGUUUGUGUGUCUGUAUGUAUACAUACAUAUGCUUAUAAAUAUACAUGUUUAUAUAUAUAUUCUCGGACACACGCAAAUGCAUCAUGUUUAUGGAUAUAUAUACAUAUAUAUAUUUUGAACUUUUUGUGGCAGCAUAUUGUUGGUAUAUUUCCUCUCUUCUAGAUAUCUUGUUUUUUUAAAUGUUUGCUAAAAUGUUGUCUGGCAUGGCAUGCGAUAAGUAGAAUGAUUUCAAAACUUAAAAAGUAACAAGUUUUCAGAAAACAUAAAAAGUUCUCUUUUGCAUUUAGCAGGUCGUGACAAGUCGCAAGUGCGAACGCACGAUACUCAUUUUUUACACGUUUUGAUAUUAUAUCCGAGCUGAAGAUUUUCAGUCGCGCCGAUAUGAAUUAUACACAAAUAAAACGGACAAGUGACACUCACAAACAUUGAUAAUUUCUUACAAAAUCAAAAAUACAAUUCUUGUUAGUUGACAGGGGACUGCUGUUUUUGUUGUUUGAGAUAUCCAGCUUGCUUGCUUAUAUAUGUGCGUAUGUUUAAUGUGUGAGUGUCGAAAUUUCAAUAAGGAAUUGAAAACGUUAUCCCCAUUUGGGCAGAAAUCUGUUGAAACUGUAUUACCUGGGGUGUAUCAGUGGGGUUUCGGAAUUCAAUAUAUAUAUAAUAUAUAUAUAUAUGUAUAAAGAGGAAGCAAAAUUCGUCCGUUUUCUAAAUUUCCUUGUACUGAUUGACAUGCCUAAAACCCUACGGUUCCUGUUAUUUCCAGGAGGCUUAGGGUUUCUUGCAAUUCUCUCCGAAUAGCAGCACAAAUGUUUUGUUUGUGUGCUUUGUUAUCCACCCUUUGCAUAGCAUUUGUUCUGUAUGUCUGUAAUGUUAAAAACCGAAGCCCCAAAUGAAAUGUAUUUAUGCUAAGCUGAAACACUCCAUCAGUGAAUUUAAAUGGUUAAAAAUAUAUAAUAUAAUAAUAAAAUAGAAGAUGUUUUGUGAUUUGGAAUUAUGAUUGUAGCGCCAGAAAGAGAAAUGGAAGAAAAUAAAAGUGAUAAAUUUCUAAA